AUGAGUUUUGAAAGUAUUCUACGCAAUAUUGAUGAAAGAGCUAGAAUCGAAUCAAAUAAUGUUCCUACAGAUACAUUAAAAACCAAUGAAUCAAAACCAUCUGAAAAAUCAAAACCAUAUAUUGGUUAUGCAAAAAAUAAGCCUGUCGAUCCAAAAGUUGCUGAAUUAAAACGUAAACGUCAAGAGGAAAAGUUAAAGAAAUUAAAUGAUGAAAGAGCUAAAAAGGGUUUAAAACCAGUUACAUCACUUGAUCAAGCUAAUAAUAAGUCAAAAGCAACUAGUAAAUCAAAUUUAUCGAAGGCAAGAAAGGAAAUUAAAUCCACUAUUCCAAUCGGUCAAUUUAAUCCAAAGCAACAACAACAACAACAACAGCAACAACCAAAAAAGAAGAUGAGUUUUAAUGAGUUAAUGAAAAAAGCAUCAACUAUAGAUAAUUCAAAAUUAAAAGUCAGCAUACCUCAUAAAUCGCAUACACCAGAAGCAAAACAUAAGUUAACUGAUAAAAAACCUAAAUCUGCAUCGCCUGUUAAAUCAACUGAUAAAAAGGCUAAAUCUUUAUCACCAACAGCUAAAAAAGAUCACCCUAAACCAGCUAUUGCACAACCAUUACCAAUUAGACAACCAGGUGCAAAAGUUCAAGAAUUAUUGAAAAAGAAGAAGAAAUUACCACACAAAGGUGCUACAUCCUACGAUGACGAAGAUGAAUAUGAUUCUUUUGUUGAAGAAGAUGAAGAAGUAUUUCAGGAAGAUGGUUAUAAUAAAGAAGAAAUUUGGGCUAUAUUUAAUAAAGGUAAAAAGAGAACCCAAUUUCAUGAUGAUUAUGAUUCUGACGAUAUGGAAGCUACUGGUGGUGAUAUAUUUGAUGAAGAGUUAAAAUCUAGAAGAAUUGCUCAAUUAGAAGAUCAAAAAGAAAUGGAAAAUGAAAAAAGAUUAGCUGAAUUGAAAAGACAAAGAAAAAAGCAAAGAGUUUAG